AUGGCUGGAGAUAAUCCUGAUGACCUACAUUCUCAAAUACAAAAAAACUGUUACCCAAUCAAUAGAAUGACUGAAGAAAUUACAAGUUAUUUGGAAAAAACUGGUGUUAUUGCUCAAAUAACUGAUGUUUUAAGGCUGUUGUACGAAAUGGAUGAAAAACCAGUUGAUCCUCUCGAAUUUAUGCGUACGAACAUGGCUGAAGUUGUCCCAGAAAAGGUGGAAUUAACAAAGUUAGAAGAAGAGUAUGAUACCAUAAUGCAAGAGAUAGCUAUACUUCAACAAGAGAACAUAAGUAUGACGAACAGGCUAAAGGAAUUAGAAACAAAUCAAAGUGAUAAUAUCGCAGAAAUGAAUUCCAACGAAAAUACUGUUAUUGGUUUUAGCGAUAAUGAUAUGAAAAUGCAAGGAAGUGCUGAAAAAAAUAAUGAAAAAUAG